CCGUAGGCGCACGUGUUAUCCGGUAAGCCGCAGCCACAACUUUCGGACACGGCCUCGAGAACUCGUCUCGGAAGUCGCAAAAGAUGAGGGAUAAAUUACCUAGAUGUGGUAGUUUAUUCCUGACUUUAAUUUCCCUAUUAUGUGUGUGUUAUGUUAUGUCUUCGAAGUUCACGGAUGAUGAAAUUUUGCAAUAUAGAGAGAGGGUGCGAGCAAUGUUCUACCAUGGUUACGAGAAUUACCUGAACAAUGCUUUUCCAUAUGAUGAGCUUCGACCUUUGACCUGUGAUGGCGUGGACUCGUGGGGAAGUUAUUCCCUGACCCUAAUUGACGCCUUGGACACGCUAGCCAUCAUGGGAAACUACAGUGAGUUCCGCAGAGUGUCCACUCUGCUGCAGAGUCACCUGGACUUCUCGGAAGACAUCAACGUGUCUGUGUUUGAAACCAACAUCAGAGUUGUUGGAGGUCUUUUGUCAGCACACCUCUUGUCUCAGAAGGCUGGGGUUGAGCUGGAGUCUGGAUGGCCUUGCAAGGGACCACUGCUCACUAUGGCAGAAACGGUAGCUAGGAGAAUCUUACCAGCCUUCAAUACCCCUACUGGUAUGCCAUACGGUACAGUCAACCUUGCGCAUGGCGUGCCCGCCGGAGAGACGCCAGUCACCUGCACGGCUUGUGUGGGGACUUACAUCUUGGAGUUUGGCACACUGAGCCGUCUGACCGGUGAUCCCGUGUUUGAAGAGACGGCCCUUAAAGCUCUCAAUGCUCUGUGGCAGUGCCGAUCAGACAUAGGACUGUUUGGCAACCACAUCGAUGUCCUAACAAAGAAGUGGACUGCACUGGAUUCGGGGAUAGGUGCCGGCGUGGACUCACUGCUCGAGUACCUAGUAAAAGGAGGCUUGUUGCUAGGCAACACGGACUUGCUGGACAAAUUUUGGGAAUAUGAGCAGCUGAUUAAGCAGCUGAUGAAGCGGGACGACUGGUACAUGUGGGUCAACAUGAAGAAAGGUCAAAUCACCAUGCCUGUAUUCCAGUCACUGGAGGCCUUCUGGCCUGGAUUGCAGAGUCUACUGGGUCAAACAGAUGAAGCCAUGAAGACGCUACACAACUACCACCAGGUCUGGAGACAACUGGGCUUCACACCAGAGUUCUACAACAUCGUGACAAAUAAAGUAGUUGACAAGCGAGAGGGCUAUCCAUUGAGACCAGAGUUGAUAGAGAGUGUGAUGGUCUUGUACCAAGCUACUAAGGACCCUUAUCUCUUAGAGGUAGGACGAGAUAUCCUGACGUCGAUAGAGACCAGUGCCUGGACACCAUGUGGAUAUGCCAGCGUGAAAGAUGUGCGGAAUCACAAGCUGGACAAUCGCAUGGAGUCCUUCUUCCUCUCCGAAACCACAAAGUACCUGUAUCUUCUGUUUGACCGGGACAAUUUCAUCCACAACACUGGUGGCAAGGGUGACGUCGUCCCCACCCUCCAGGGAGAGUGCAUUCUGAACGCUGGGGGUUACAUCUUCAACACGGAGGCGCACCCGAUCAGCGUGGCAGCUCUAGACUGCUGCCAGCGUGGGAAGGACCUGGCCGUCUUUGAGAACAUGAUGAGAACGUUGCAGAACAGAAGAGAGAAAUUGGACUUCAUUUUGGAUUAUUUAAACCAGGAGGGCGAGGAGCAGGAAGCAGUGGGACUAUCGCAGAGGUACAACUGCUCUGUCAAACCGUUCAGUGCCCGGUGGUCAAUGAUGGGGGAGAUGCUAGAACCCUGAUGGGUGGAUUGAUAGAUUUAGGGGGAAAAGCUAGCUGUGGAUGGCAUCAGCGGUGAAGAAUUUAGUCUGAAAGUAAAAGGUCACGCGGCGAGCUUCCGGACCCCUCGCGUAACUCAUGCGUAGCCCACCUAUGAGCAUUUUACACUAACUAAAUAUGGUAAGUUGGGGGCAGUAUUUGAAAACAAAAAGCCAGUUUUUUUUUCUCCAACG